AUGUCUGAAGGGACGCAAACGACGACCACCACGACCACCCAGCGCUGGCUGCUCGAGAAGUACUCGCGCUCUCGUUCUCUCGCCGAGGGUGGUCCGCCGGCGAAGAAGCGACGGAUUGGAGAAGUUGCGGGCCAGGCGAGCGAUGAGCAUAUCGAGUGGGACCACUACUCGCAGCCUCAACUCGCUCUUCGCCUCGAAACGACUUUCGCGCAGGCUCCUUCCGGCUCGUCCUCUUCGAGCGGCGGGACCUACUACCCCGUACGGAUGAUCCUUAGCGUGACCUUCGACCCGCUCUACCGCGACGCGCGCUCGUUCACCCAAUCCGGCGGCCGAGGCCAACAACCCUUGACGCUCGACUCGCUCGAUCUGACUUCGUUCUCUUCGCCUUCUAUCCGCGCUGUGACACCUGCAGACCAGCUGCCUCUCAAAGCGGUCUACCGAGACGCGGUCAUGGGCUUGCGGUACAUCUCGCUUUUACCGCCCUCGCAAGAAGCCUCUUCUUCUUCGGCGCAGAGAAGCGCAGGGAUCCAGUUCAAAAGGUUGCAGGUCAAGUUUACUUCGACGGAGGAGAGGGUACGAUUCAUCGAGGCGGUCAAGACGAUCGUGCCUGCGAAACCUGCGGUCGAGAGCAGCUCGAAUGGUGCUGUGGCCGGCGCUUCCCCGGCGCAUCAGCCAGCUAAUGGCGCGACACGGACUGCGACUACUGCUCAAGCGCCGAAGCCCCAGCAGAAGAAGAAGAAGGCGGGCAGGUCAACGCAGGUUACGCCUGUUCCCGCAACUCCGACACGACCUCUUCCUUCGCAAGUCCCGAGUUUUCGCCCACCUGACCGCGCAGAUUUAGCAUCAAUUGCUCGCUCGAACAAUGUUCCACCUGGAGCACGUCAAGCAGGUCCCGUCACGCCCGCCCGACCAGCACCUCGCGACCCGACUGCCUCGACUUCUGCUUCGACGUCGCGCCUUCCCGCCACGCUCGCUACGAUUCUGCCCAACCUGUCGACGCCAACGCAAGCUCCUCAUGCAGCGCCAGCAUCGCCCGCGUACAAGACUGCUUCUCUCGCCCUCACCGCCUUGCCGCCUGAGGAGUUUGAGCAGCUGUUGCAGGACGCGCUGAUGGAGGACGGCUUCGAGGGACUCGUUGCGCGUGUCAAGGACGUUCUCACGGGCUAG